AUGUACUCAUCGUCGAAUACCUUCCUCGGCGGUGGUGCCAGUGGCCGUCCAGGCCAGGCACCAUUCAUGCAACAGCAGCAGCAGCCCCAAUACUCGCAAUUCCCUCAAGGUCAACAGCAGCCACCAAUGCAGCAACCCCAGCCAACAGGGUUCAUGGCUCCCCAGCCAACCGGAUUUGCUGGUCAGCCUUCGCCAUUCGGUAGCUCGCAACUUCAACCUCAAGCUACCGGGUUCCCCGCGGGACAGCAGCUCCAGCCGCAGUUCACUGGCUUCCCUGGUCAGCAACUACAGCAACAGCAGCAGCAGCAGCAGCCGCAGCCAACUCAGCAACAGGGCCUCCAAGCUCAAUAUACCGCAUUCCCUGUCCAGAAUCAGCAGCAACCCCAGGCGCAACAGCAAGCGCCGCAAUUGCAGGUCUCCCAGCCCACCGGACUCCCUGCGCGAUACAAGACCUCGAGCGAGAUGGCGAAUUCCUUCCAAGAUACCGGUGCUCCGCCUCCACAAGUCCCGCCGAAGAAUGCAUCAAAAAUCCCAAGUAUCCGGCUUUCGUUCAUUACCGUUCAAGACCAAGCCAAAUUCGAGCAGUUGUUCAAGUCGGCGGUCGGUGAUAGCAAGACAAUGGACGGCGAGAAAGUGAGAGACCUUUUGCUGCGAUCCAAGCUUCCGGGCAGUGAUCUGUCGAAGAUCUGGGUCUUGUGUGAUUCUACCAAGUCGGGCCAGCUGUUCUUCCCGGAAUUUGCGUUGGCCAUGUACCUGUGUAAUCUGCGAUUGACUGGCCGGGAAGUUCCCUCGGUGCUGCCUGAGACUGUGAAAAACGAGGUGUCCAGUAUGGUUGACAUUAUCUCAUUUGAUGUCCCCGACACCCAGCCAGCGCCCGCUCCACGAACGAACGCACCCAAUUUCGAUGCCCCUCUGCUGGAGAACAAAUCGACUCCACCGAUCGUGCAGCAGCCUCAGCCUCAGCAGCCGAGCAAUGCUGCUCUUCUCACACAACUGACGGCGCAGCCCACUGGAUUCUUCCCUCAGCAGACCGGCAUGCAGCAGCCCCAACAGACCGGCUUCCAGAACCAAUCGCAGUUCCUUCAGCCACAACAGACUGGUUUCAUGGCAAAUCCUCAGGCCACCGGAUACUCCGGUCCUCGGCCUCCAAUGCCACCAAUGCCCACUGGAUUUGCAUCCAACUUGAGCCCCGCGCAGACUGGUGGCUUGACCGCGCAACCUACUGGUUUGACCGCGCAGCCUACUGGUAUUCCCGGACAGUGGGGCUUUAUUAACACCCCAGCGCAGGGACUGCCUAAUAUUGAGGUCAUGAAGCAGCAGCUCAUGCCCCAACCCGGUCGUGAGGGUGGCUUCAACAUGUCCAACCUCUCGGGUAAUGCUACCGUGGCGUGGGCGAUUACCAAGGAAGAAAAGAAGAUCUACGACGACCUCUUCCGUGCCUGGGAUGGCAUGCACAAGGGCUUUAUUGGCGGUGAAACAGCUAUUGAGAUCAUGGGUCAAAGCGGAUUAAACCGUAAGGAUCUGGAGCGUAUCUGGACACUCGCAGAUCCUCACAACCGUGGUCGUUUGAAUAUGGAUGAAUUUGCCGUCGGAAUGCAUUUGAUUUACCGUGCUUUGAAUGGUUAUCCUGUUCCUAGCCGUUUGCCUCCGGAGCUUGUCCCUCCUUCUACGAGACAUUUGAAUGAUUCUAUUGGUACUAUGAAAUCGCUCUUGUCCCAAGAUGCGGAGAAUCGGAAGACCACUGGGGCCUUUUUGCAGCCGCAGAAAACUGGUGUUAGCUACCUCAAGGACCACUCUUUCCGUGGCGGCGGUGGCGGACAGCCUGGCGCUACCCGCAAGGAUGCGACAAUGUUCAAGAACAACGACUCCGCGGGCGGCUACCGUUCAAGCGCGCGUCGCCGUGUUGGUAAUGAUGCCCGUACGCCUUCGCCUGCUGCCUCUCAAACGUCUGAAGGAGAAGAGCUCUCCGUGGAACAGUUGCGGAAGAAGAUUCGUGAGACCAAUGUGAUGUUGGAGGCUGUUGAUUUCCAGGACGAGAACAAGGCCGAGGACGACGAGGUUCUCGACCGUCGAGAUCGUCGUGAGGCGGAGUCUCUCAUGGACCGGAUUCGGCGCGUACAGGACGACAUUGAUACCCAUCCUCAUGCCUCAUUCCGUAAUUUGGACAGUGGAGCGGAGCGCAGAGCCCUCCGUCGCCAAUUGCAAGCAUCUGAAGAUCAGGUUCCACAGACUGCCUCUGAGGUCCGCCGUGUUGAGCGAGAGAUUGCCGAGGCAAAAUUGGAGCUAUUCCGCCUCAAGGAAGCGAAGGCUAACCCGAAUGGUGCUUCCAAUAUUGUGGGUACUGGUCCCGGUGGUGCCGUGACCGAGUCAGACCGCAUCAAGGCUCGUGCUCGUGCACGUAUGCAAGCCCGUGCUGCCGAACUGGCGGGACGCCCUGCUCCCACGACAGAGGAGGACGACGGCGAGUCUGCUCGCCGAAUGGAAUCCGAGAGGGCUGAUGCCAACGCUGAAAGAGAGCGCAACAGCACCAUGACCCGCGAUGUCGAAGAAAGUGUCCGCGAUUUCGCUCGCAGCCUGGAAGACAGCCUCCGCGACGAAGGAGAAAACUCUACCCGCUCGCACGAAAGACGUCGCUGGGAGGAUGCCUUGGGCGUUGAAGACAUUAUCCGUGACUUUAUCUAUGAUCUUGGCCGUAACAGCCGGACUGCCCACGUUCGCAAGGAAGAUCGAGAGAGAUCUUCUCAGGAGCAACGUUCGAAGUAUUCUUCGCCCGAGGCCGACUCGACUGCCUCCCGUCCUUCCAUGCCAGCAUCUUCAGCCUCGUCGGGCUCCAUCCCUGGGAACACGCACGAGGAUCGUGUGGCUUCCGCCAGGGAGCGAGCUCAGAAGCGCAUUGCCGAGCGCAUGGCCGCUGCUGGUCUGAAGCCUGCCAUUGCUACUGAGACUCUUCAGCAACGUCAGGAAAGAGAGAAAAGGGAGCGCGAGGAGCGUGUCAAGCGUGCCGAAGAAGAGGAUGCUCAGCGGGAGCAAGAGAGACAGCGCCGUCUGGCUGAGGAACGUGGUGGCCCUGCUCCGAGCAGUGCUGCUGCUCCCAAGGCCGCUGGCAAGAAGCCCCCACCUGCGCCUCCCACUCGCAGAGCACGAACUGACAGCGCUGGUCAGGCCGAUGCCAAGAAGGCUGAAGAAGCUGGCAAGGCCGAGCACGCUGCCCGCGAGCAAGCGAUCAAGGAGGAGCAAGAGGCUCAGGAGCUUGAGACCCAACGUCUAGAGGAUGAGUCGAAGAAGCGUGAAGCCGAAUUUCUGAAAGAGAAGGAGGCCCAAGAAGCUCGACUGCGUGCUCUCGAGGAACAAGUUCGACAGGGCAAGGUCAAGAAGCAGGAGGAAAAACGUCGCAAAGAGGAGGCCGCUCGACAGGCCAAGGAUCAGGAGGCCAGACUCGCAGCCCAGCGCGCUGAGCUUGAGAUGGCCAGAGAGCGUGAGCGUGAGCUGCAGCGUCAACUCGAGGAAAAUGACGACAGCUCCUCGGACGACGAGGGCCCUCAGAGCAUCACUCCCCAGUUCAGCACUCCUCCGCCUAUUCCCACUGUCGCUGUUCCUGAGCCCGAGCCCAUGUCACUAGAAUCGGAGAAGGUUCCUAGUCCGGCAGCCAGCUCACCCGAAGCAACAUUCCCUGCUGCUUCACCUGAUGCUGAGUCGAAGAACCCUUACUUCAAGUCGCUUGGCCAAGCUGUUGAGCCCGAGGCAGUCACUUCGCCCGCCGCGCAGUCAACAAACCCCUUCCACCGUUUCACGCAGCAGCAGCAGCAGCAACCGCAAGAGAGCUCGAAGCCGACCUUUACAGGUGCCGCCCCUCUGGAGCGCAAGAGCCGCGCGCGUCCCGAAGAUGAUGAUGACUGGUCUAACGCUGGCUCUGAAGCCGAAUCUUCUGACGACGAGGAUGACCGACCUGGUGGUGGCAGUGCUAAGCAGCUUGCUAGCAUUUUGUUUGGCACCAUGGCACCUCCUCGUCCUCUGAGCGCCAUGGAUGAAGAUAAGGCUGCCACCCCCGUUCAGGCCAGCCCCGUCGCUCCUCCCCCUCCUCCACCUGCAGCUAUGGAUCCCCUGGUGCUCCUCCUCCGCCGCCACCGCCACCGCCUCCCCCUGGUGCCCCUAUGGCUGCACCCCCUCCCCCUCCACCCCCCCUCGGGAGCUCCCGGUGCCCCACCUCCGCCUCCUCCUGCUGGCAUUCCCCCGCCACCUGCUCCCCCCGCUCUUGGCGGCGGUGGUGGAGACCGUUCUGCUCUCCUUGCAUCCAUCCAAGCUGGUGCGGGUCUCCGCAAGGUGCAGACCAACGACCGCAGCACGAGUUCCUCAGCGGGCCGCGUGCUUUGA